AUGACUUCGCAAACCCACCCACCACUCCUCAGCGACAAAGACGGCUACCUCGGCCUGCUCAACGACCCCUCCCAGAUGACUUUUCUGCUCGAGGCCUGGGCGCUGGCCCGGCGUAUCCUCUUGAUUGAACGAAGUGUGGAGGCUCUGGUAGUCAUGCUGUCGACGAAGUGGGAUGAUACAGAUGCAGGGGAAUUGCCGGGCGACGUCACGCUGCUCAGAGGAGCGAUCAGGGGGUUUCUGUCCCACAACCAGCCUCAAUUUAUCUCUUCGAUGUCUUUGGAUGACUGGGGAAGUACCAGGGCGAUAUGGCCUCAUCACAUACACCUGAAACACUCUCACGUUAUUUCCGGCGGGACUAUCGAGUUCGCGACACCGCCAAGGCUCGCUGUUCCGGGUGGGGGAUGUGGGCGCCCUGUGAAACGCUUGGGGCAGGAGGUCGUCCCAGGAGAAGGGGGGUGGUGUUAUGAAGACAUGGUCUAUGGUGGGAAAGUUCUAGCGCGGGGACUUGAUACGGGCGCGGGUGACCUUGUCCAUGAGCAAAAUGUCGCUUAUGGAUGA